UGUAAACAAGCAACGCGCGUUUUUACCUGUUUAUUCGUGUCCCGUAGAAAUUGGUGAGCCGCUUCCCGCAUCAUGGCAGCAAAAAUCGACCAGAAAGAGUAUCUGAAACGCUAUCUUUCCAACGAUAAGGACGCGAAGAAGAAAAAGAAAAAGAAAGACAAGCUAAAAGCGGCGAAAAAAGCCAAUGUAGUGAUCGUCGAUGAUGAUCUCGACCUAUCGGCACUGCAGAGCCGGAUCGAUGACAAUGAAACGGACCUGUUCGGGCUCGACGAAGAGGCACCGCAGGUGGUGGGAAUUAUCGACGAGCGGCCGCCGGAACUGCGCGCCAAGGAGGACUUUAGUAGCGCCAAGUGGAAAGCAUUGAACGCUAACGAUGGUGGUUUCGACGGGAUGCUACGGGCAAACGAAAGCACACGGCCGGAUGGUGAUGCUGAAGCUCGGGUGAGCUUUAAAGCGCAAGGAGCGAAGACCGAACGCCGGAGAAAGUAUGACUCGGACGAAAGCCCGCCACGUCAACAGAAGGGCAGUAGGCGGGAUAGGAGAGGGAAGGAUUCGGAUGAAAGUCCUCCUCGAAGAAGAGCGUCGAAAGAGAAGGACGUGUCUAGAGGGAGAAACAAGCGGGACGAUUCGGAUGAGAGUGCAGCAAGGAAAUCCGCAACGGGGAAAAGCAGGAAAAGACAUGAUUCGGACGAAAGUCCACCUCGAAGGGGGAGAUCCAAAGAGAAGGAAGACACAAGAAGAAUGCGAAGAGAUGACGAUUCCGAUGAAAGUCCUCCACGAAAAACGGAUAGAAGGAAUCAUCAGGACCCGGACGAAAGUCCACCUCGAAGGGGGAAAUCGAAAGAGAAGGAAGUGAGAAAGAAGGGAAAACAAGAUGAUACACGGGAAAGUACGAGAAAAAAUUACGACUCGGAUGUAAGUCCACCACGAAGAAGGAGAUCCAAAGAGAAGGAUGACGCAAGAAGAAAACGAAGAGGUGACGAUUCCGAUGAGAGUCCUCCUCGUAAAACUGGAACGAGUAAAAACGCGAGAAAACUUCAGGAUUCAGACGAAAGUCCACCACGAAGAAGGAUAUCCAAAGAGAAGGACAUUUCUAGAGGAAAGGGACGAAGGGAUGAAUCUGACGAGAGCCCUCCCAGAAGAAAAGCAGGCACUGAGAAACGGAACGAUACUAGCCUACCACGCAAACGCCGACAGCAUGACUCAGAUGAAAGUCCUCCCCGGCGAAGGGAAGAAAAGGCACCGGAGCGACGCAAACAACGACACGAUUCGAUCGAAAGUCCGCCCAGACGCCACCGGGAUAAGGAACACCGCGAAAGGGACAAAAGAGAGGUACGGCAUCGUUCGAGCGAUACGGACGAGAGCCCUCCCGGGAGAAAGGAAUACGAUCGCAAAAAGUCCUCCAAUCGUCGUCAGGAUUCCGACGAAAGUCCACCACGCCACAGCCGGGCAAAGGAAGCGGAAGUCGGCCGAUCGCAAACCGUAACAGUGAAGAGAGAACGUCGCCACUACGAUUCAGACGAAAGUCCCCCAAGACGCUCAUCGCGUCGAAGCCCCGAAAGGAGACAGCAGCAACCUUCCCACAGUAGAACGGUUUCACCGCCGGUGCGUAUCAAACAGGAAAGGAAAAGUUCCGACUCCGACCUUUCCCCGCCGAGGAAAUCGACCCGUCCACAGGAUCGGGAUAGUCCACCGCGAAGCAACCGAACGCGUGAACCGUCCCAGCUGGUGGAGCAGCGCAGCAUCAAGCGGGAACCACGCUCGCCGUCCACAUCCGUUAGUAGGCACGCACCGGCGGAAAAGAUGGCGAAAACGCUCGACGGCAAACGGGCCGGUCUGCAGGACGCAAAGUCCUUGCGGGAGGAAAACGAGCAGCAUCGGGCCCGGGAAAGGGAAGCGCUGAUGAAGCUGUCGGACGAAAUGUCCGGCCGGUAUGCGGAAACGGUGGUGCGCGAGAAGGGCGGCCGGCGCCGCGACGUGGAGAAGGAGCUGCGCGAGGAGCUGGCGAAACGAAAGCACGAUGAGAAGAAGAAGGAAAUUUACACCCGCUGGGGCAAGGGCGUUAAACAGGUGGAGGAUUACAGGGCGCAGCUGGAGGAGGCGGCUCGCGAGAUGGAGAAACCGUUGGCACGGUACGCCGACGACAAGGACCUGGACGAGCAUCUGAAGCAGCAGGAGCGGGAAGGUGACCCAAUGCUGGAGUACCUGCGCAGCAAGCGAAGGGAGGAGAACAAGCGGGCCGGCAUCCCGGAAAAGCCCGUCUAUCAGGGUGCGUUCCCGGACAAUCGGUACGGCAUACGGCCCGGCUAUCGAUGGGACGGUGUGGACCGAUCGAACGGGUUCGAAAAGCGCUGGUUCGAAACGAUGAGCAAGAAGAAGGCAGUAGAGGAGGAGGCGUACAAGUACAGCGUGGAGGACAUGUAAGCGUGGAGCCAGGUAGUAGUUAAUAGUUUUACAACAAUAUCUUCAUAUAUGAGACCCGAAAGUACAUGUUACAGAGAAGACCA